AUGAGAUUCUCGUCGAUUGCCUUGACGGCAGUCGCUGCCUCGACCACGCUCGCCCAACCCCACGUCCACAAACAUCGACACUUGCAUGAGCACAAAGAGCGCGAUGUCACCGAGACCGCUUGGACAGCGGGCCCGACUGCUUAUGUUUAUAUGCUCAACGGACAGGAACUCUCGCCCGGAGAAGUGUGCGAUGGCCUGGAGGAUCAUGAAUUGAAGUUUGUGGAUGGUCAGGAUCCUGGCGUUUGCUCCCAGGCUUCGACUACGUCUAGCAGCUGGUCUUCGUCAACUUCAACAGAAUCCAGUACAACCCCCUCGACCACCACUACCACGUCGCCACCGGUCUCUUCCUCUCCCCCGGCCGAGUUCUUCCAAAAACCAUCUUCUCCAGCUUGGUCCAGCCCAAGCGGAUCUGCUAGUUCUAGCUCUGCUCCUGCUCAAUAUUCCACCGCCCCUUCUGGCGGCAGCGGUGUUACCUCUGCAUUUCCCGACGGUCAACUUGAUUGCGGCACUUUCCCCUCCCAGUAUGGCGCGGUCCCUCUCGACUACCUCGGAAUGGGUGGCUGGGCUGGUUUGCAGGCGGUCUCUAUUGCGGGUGGCCUCGUCAACCACAUCGUGACGGGUGUAUCGGGCCAGUCUUGCUCGGAGGGCAUGAUGUGUUCCUAUGCAUGCCCCCCUGGCUAUCAGAAAUCCCAGUGGCCUUCCACACAAGGUGCUACCGGCCAGUCCGUUGGCGGCCUCUCCUGCUCAGGCGGCAAGCUCCAUCUGACAAACCCGGGUCUCUCGAACAACCUUUGCAUUCCUGGCGUUGGUGGCGUCCAAGCUACUAACGAUGCGAGCGGCGUUGUUGCUAUCUGCCGUACCGAUUAUCCUGGGACUGAGUCCGAAACAAUCCCAGUCGAGCUUCAGCCUGGCGAGACAGAGCCAUUGACCGUUCCCGAUGCCGCUACCUACUACGAAUGGCAAGGACAAUCAACGUCUGCCCAGUAUUAUCUGAAUCCUAUCGGAGUGUCUGCCGCUCAGGGCUGCCAAUGGGGUUCACCUGGUCAGAACCUGGGCAACUAUGCCCCUAUCAACUUUGGCGUGGGUGCCAAAGGAGGUGUAACUUGGCUCUCGAUCUUCCAAAAUUCCCCAACGACCAAUGCCCAAUAUCAAGGCACGGUUGAGUUGCAGGGCAAUUUGUCCGGAACUUGUAAAUACUCAAACGGUCAAUACUGUGGUGCUACAGGAUGCAAUUCACAAGGCUGCACUGUCUCCGUCAUAUCGGGUACAGCAACCUAUGUCAUCUCCAAUUAA